CGUCUGACACCAGGAACAGGACAGUGUAACAUGACAGUUGGAGAGUUUAUUUUUCAAACGUAGCUCAUGUUUUAGCGUAAAAUCUCCCGACGGCAACUUGUUUGACUUACUGUUGUGAUUUAUGGAGCUAUUCAUUAUUAUUACCAAUUCUGAGUCGCUAUUAUUGUCUUAAAAUGGCAGCAUGACGUGCUUAUACGUGAGUGGAAACAGCCUAAGUUUGUUCAUUGAGAGACUAACUGGGCAACCACACAAUCAGUGCACAGUUCGGUGACCUGUUCAGACUGCUCAAGAAGCACAAAAUGUCGCCGUCGCCAUUCUUACCGCUGGCCAUCAACGGUCUCAUGUCAGCACUAGGCUGCUUGGCCACAAUGAAGCUGAUUCCCACUUUCAAGGACCAUUUCAUCGCGGCCAGAUUGUACGGGAUGGAUCUAAACAAACUGACAAAAAAUCAAGUUCCAGAAUCACAGGGUGUCAUCAGUGGGACAGUCUUCCUCAUCAUUCUCUUCUGCUUCAUCCCAGUGCCUUUCCUCAGUUGCUUUGUGGGAGAUCAGUGCAAUGGCUUCCCACACAAUGAAUUUGUGCAGCUGAUCGGUGCGCUUCUCGCUAUCUGCUGCAUGAUCUUUCUGGGAUUUGCUGACGAUGUGCUCAAUUUGCGAUGGAGGCACAAGCUCCUGCUUCCCACUAUGGCAUCCCUGCCACUUCUCAUGGUUUAUUUUACAAACUUUGGCAACACGGUCAUCUUGGUGCCUAAACCAUUCCGAGCACUGCUGGGGCUGCAUCUGGAUCUAGGUAUUCUUUACUAUGUCUACAUGGGCAUGCUGGCAGUCUUCUGUACAAAUGCCAUCAACAUCCUGGCUGGUAUUAACGGCAUCGAGUCAGGUCAAGCUCUGUUCAUCUCUGGCUCCAUCAUCAUCUUUAACCUGCUGGAGCUCAGCGGGGAUUAUCACGACGACCAUGUUUUCUCUCUCUACUUCAUGAUGCCGUUUUUCUUCACCACCUUAGCACUUUUUUACCACAACUGGUACCCCUCGUCUGUGUUCGUGGGAGACACUUUCUGCUACUUUGCUGGAAUGACCUUUGCUGUAGUUGGCAUUCUGGGACACUUCAGCAAAACAAUGCUAUUAUUUUUCAUUCCUCAAGUGAUUAACUUUCUGUAUUCCUUGCCUCAACUAUUCCACAUCAUCCCAUGUCCCAGACACAGACUUCCCAGGUUGAAUCCGGACACAGGCAAACUGGGGAUGAGCUACUCUAAAUUCAAACGCAAGGACCUUUCUAAACUAGGACAUCUCAUUCUGCAGGUUGCAGAGUUACUGAAGCUCCUUGAGGUGGACAGAGGCCAGGAAAAUGAUGAUGAAUUUAUUGAGUGCAACAACAUGACCAUAAUAAAUCUCGUGUUGAAAUUCCUUGGUCCCACGCACGAGAGAAAUCUCACUGCCAUCAUGCUCCUGAUACAGGUAGAGCCAAAAACAGCUCAAACAGCCAUCUACUUUACAAAAAAGACAUUAGUGUUCCACUUUUUUUGUGUGCAGGUGAUGGGAAGCGCUUUGGCUUUUGGGAUCCGUUACCAUCUGGUGCGCCUCUUCUACGACGUCUAGAGAAUGACAGAAACAAAUAUUUAUGGAACAAUUUUACAGGCUCAUUGUUUGUGCCUUUUGAAAUAUUCCAUUACCUCAUUACUUUUGAUUCUCAGCCUCGAUGUGUGGCAAAGACCCAGUGUCAGGGUGAAAACAUUUGGCAACAAUAUGUUCGCAUAAUGUACGAAUAUGAUGCAAGUCUUUCUGAAAUUUGAAACUCUUAAUUUCUUUCCACCCCAAAAAUUAUAUUUUGGUGUUGGGUUUAAAGUAAUAUAGUGAGGUCUACUAUCCCCUGACAGAACCUCUAUCAUGCAGACUCAUGUUUGAAUAAAAUCCAAUAUGAAUUUUUUUAUAGUGCAGCAGUUCAUGGUUUCACUUGUACAUGUGCACUGUAAUAACCAUAUGAAGCUGUUAUGUAAAUAAAAGGGAUAUUUUUUUUAAUUGAUAAUCCUUUUUACCUCUGCAGUGGGGAUUUUUAUUAUCGCAACAGCGAACGGAAGAGCAAACUGUGCACAAUGCUCGAGAUAUUAAGACCACUCACGGAGCAAGUUUAAAAGCAAAUCAAGUUUUCUGGUGGACAGUUAGCAAUUUAGUUAUGAAAAUAUGUGACACAGGAUACAUUACAAAAAUUCAUUUGGGGAAGCUCAACAUUAGUUUUAAGUUACUGAAAAGGAUAAAGUUACUUUCUCUCUUUUCCCCACCAUGUACUCUAUUUUUUGUAUAAAAGCACUGGACUACUGUGAUUUAGAAUGUACCCACUAACUUCAAAUGGGAUGCUGGCAAUUAUUUGUGAAUAUAGUUGGCUGAGACUGUACAAUAAAGGCGGACAUACACAA